GUAGAUGAAAAUUCAGCACUGAAUUGCCGCAUACCGAAAACAUUUUCGGAUUCGCUUGUUGGUACAUGUACGAAGGCAAAUGAUUCAGUGAUAAUUCGCUUGCGUGAAAAACCAAUGCUACCGCGCGAAAUGUCAUAUAAAGCCAAUCAGGAUUAUUUCUUUAUAAGUCUGUUAUUCUAUGCUACUUGGUUAUGUUUCAAAAGUGAAAUUCAUUGA